UACAGUAUAAAAGAUUCACUGGUAUAGCAAGUUGUCUCUCAGACUGUACAUGCAUUAAAACUGUGCUUGCCAUUAUUCAAAAGCAAAAGAAAAGUAAAAGGAAGAAAUAAGAAUAAGAAAAAAAGAUUAUAUGGAUUUUAAAAUCAUGCAAAAACUGCAACUCUAUGUUUAUAUUUACCUGUUCAUGCUGAUUGUUGCUGGUUCAGUGGAUCUAAAUGAGAACAGUGAGCACAACGAAAAUGUGGAAAAAGAGGGGCUGUGUAAUACAUGUACUUGGAGACAAAACACUAAAUCUUCAAGAAUAGAAGCCAUAAAAAUUCAAAUCCUCAGUAAACUUCGUCUGGAAACAGCUCCCAACAUCAGCAAAGAUGCUAUAAGACAACUUUUACCCAAAGCUCCUCCACUCCGGGAACUGAUUGAUCAGUAUGAUGUCCAGAGGGAUGACAGCAGUGAUGGUUCUUUGGAAGAUGACGAUUAUCACGCUACAACAGAAACAAUCAUUACCAUGCCUACAGAGUCUGAUUUUCUAACACAAGCGGAUGGGAAACCCAAGUGUUGCUUCUUUAAAUUUAGCUCUAAAAUACAAUAUAAUAAAGUAGUAAAGGCCCAAUUAUGGAUAUAUUUGAAACCCGUCAAGACUCCUACAACAGUGUUUGUGCAAAUCCUGAGACUCAUCAAACCCAUGAAAGAUGGUACAAGGUAUACUGGAAUCCGAUCUCUGAAACUUGACAUGAACCCAGGCACUGGUAUUUGGCAGAGCAUUGAUGUGAAGACAGUGUUGCAAAAUUGGCUCAAACAACCUGAAUCCAACUUAGGCAUUGAAAUAAAAGCUUUAGAUGAUAAUGGUCAUGAUCUUGCUGUAACCUUCCCAGAAUCAAAAGAAAAUGGGCUGAAUCCCUUUUUAGAGGUCAAGGUAACAGACACACCAAAAAGAUCCAGAAGGGAUUUUGGUCUUGACUGUGAUGAUCUCUCAACAGAAACCCGAUGCUGUCGUUACCCUCUUACUGUGGAUUUUGAAGCUUUUGGAUGGGAUUGGAUUAUCGCUCCUAAAAGAUAUAAGGCCAAUUACUGCUCUGGAGAGUGUGAUUUUGUAUUUUUACAAAAAUAUCCUCAUACUCAUCUGGUACACCAAGCAAACCCCAAAGGUUCAGCAGGCCCUUGCUGUACUCCCACAAAGAUGUCUCCAAUUAAUAUGCUAUAUUUUAAUGGCAAAGAACAAAUAAUAUAUGGGAAAAUUCCAGCCAUGGUAGUAGACCGCUGCGGGUGCUCAUGAGAUUUAUAUUAAGUUCAUAACUUCCUAAAAUAUGGAAGAUUUCCCCUCAACAAUUUUGAAGCUGUGAAAUUAAGUACCACAGGCCUAGAGUAUGCUACAGUCACUUAAGCAUAAGCUACAGUAUAUAAACUAAAGGGGGAAUAGAUACAAUGGUUGGCAUUUAACCAUCCAAACAAAUCAUGCAAUAAAAAGUUUUAUGAUUUCCAGAGUUUUUGAGCUAGAAGGAGAUCAAAUUACAUUUAUGAUCCUAUAUAUUACAACAUGGGUGAGGAAAUGAAAGCAAUUCUCCUUGCAUUCUGAUGAAUUAAAGGAGUAUGCUUUAAAGUCUACUUCUUUACAAUUUUGAUUAAUAUUUACAGAAAAAUCUACCUACAGUUUUGGUAAAAUGCAGGAUUGCUAUAUACUAUCAUUUGAAUCAUCCUUAAACACUUGAAUUUAUAUUACAUGAUAGCAUACUUGGUAAGAUAAAAUUCCACAAAAAUAGGGAUGGUGCCAUAUAUGCAAGUUUCCAUUCCUACUAUAAUUGACACAGGUUAACAAUCCAUGCCAAUGGUGCUAAUACAAUAGGCUGAGUGACUGAAGUUACCAGGUUUAUCAAAUAAAAAAAUUCAGUAAAAUAGUAAGUUUCUCUUUUCUUUGGGUGCAUUUUCAUACACCUCCAAAUGAGAAAUGGAUUUUCUUUAAGGUAAGAAGAAUCAUUUUUCUAGAGGUUAGCUUUCAAUUCUGUAGCAUGCUUAGAGAAAGUGCAUUAUCUUAAAAGGCAGUCAAAUAGUAUUUGUUUUUAUCAAAAUUUCAAAAUAACAUACUUGGAGAACAAUGUAAUUUUGUCUUUGGAAAAUUACAACACUGUCUUUACAACACUGCAGUUUUUAUGGCAAAAUGAUAGAAAUGAUUGACUCUAUCAAUACUGCAUAAAAAGACUCAAACAAUGCAUUUAUAUAAUAUAUAUUCAACAUUGUUUUGUAAAUAAGCAUCUCCUUUUUUAUUUGCUUUGGUAAUUUUUAGACUAAGGACAUUUCAAAUUAAGUAUUAAGGCACAAAGACGUCAUGCAUCACAUAAAAGCAACUACUUAUAUUUCAGAUCAAAUUAGCAGAUUAAAUAGUGGUCUUAAAACUCCAGAUGUUAAUGAUUAGACGGUUAAAUUACAAUCAUUUUAUAUUUUGUUACAUUAUUAACAUUCACUUAUGGAUUCAUGAUGGCUGUAUAAUGUGAAUUUGAAAUUUCAAUGGUUUACUGUCAUUGUGUUCAAAUCUCAGUAUUUCGUUAUAUUAAUACUUGCAAACAUUACUAAGCAUAUCAAAAUAAUUGACUCUAUUAUCUGAAAUGAAGAAUAAUAAGUUGAUGCUAUCUCAACAAUAACUGUUACUUUUAUAAUUUGAUAAUGUUAAUCAAAUUUAUUGUACUAUGAUUAAAUGAAAUUAUUUCUUAUAUCUAAUGUGUAGAAACAAUAUAAGUUAUAUUAAACUGUUUUCACAUUUUCUGAAAGACA